CCGGGAUGCACGGGCGGCGAGGCCAGGCGAGGGAGGAUGGGGGCGGUCCCGGCUGGGCAGCGAUGGCCCGGCGCGGGCGGAGGCCCGCAGCGGCGGACGCGGCGGCUGCCGGCCGGGGCUGCAAGGGUUACAACCAUAGAGCCGGCCGCCUCCCGCGGCGGGGCGGGGGGCAGGAAGUGCUCGCUGGCGGCGCGGGGAUGCGGGCGGCGGCGGCGGCGGCCUCCGCUAGUGAGGCGCCGCCUCAGCCCGCGGUCUGCGCUGCCUGCCUGUAGCCCGGCCCGCGGGCGGGCGGAGGCCGCCGCCGGGCCAGGUGAUGGCAGCAUGAGCGAGCAUGAAGAGGACAACCCCCAGCCAGGUGGUGCGGUGGCAGCCCAACCCCACAGUGCCCUCUCGGACUUCUUUGUGAGGGAAGUGUCGCUGGUGGGCUGUGACCUGGGAAUUGCCUGUCCACGGCCAGACCUCCUCUCAGCGGAGACGAGGCCGGAGAAGGCUCCUCGCUGCGGCUUCCGGAAGCGGAAGGACACAGUGGUCCACCAGAGAGCAUUCAUGGGAGAGAAACCAUACAUCUGUGUUGAGUGUGGGCAGAGCUUCAACCGCAGCUCAGACCUCAUCCGCCACCAGAGGAUCCACACAGGGGAGAAGCCAUAUGUGUGCGUGGACUGCGGGAAGAGCUUCAGCCGCCGCUCUCACCUCAUCCAGCACCAGCGCGUCCACACGGGUGAGCGGCCGUACCAGUGCAAGGACUGUGGGAAGAGCUUCAGCCAGAGCACUCACUUGGUGCAGCACCAGCGCAACCACACUGGCGAGAGGCCUUAUGUGUGCGCCAAGUGUGGGAGGAACUUCUAUCAGAACUCGGGUCUGCUCCGCCACGCCAACUUCCAUACAGGCGAGAAGCCCUACAAGUGCCCCCAGUGUGGGAAGCGCUUCAGUGACAGCUCCAACCUCAUCGCCCACCAGCGGCUCCACACUGGGGAGAAGCCCUACAAGUGUGCUGACUGCAACAAGUGCUUCAGUGAGAGCUCCAAGCUGGUCAUCCACCGGCGCAUCCACACCGGUGAGAAGCCUUACUUGUGCCCUGACUGUGGGAAGAGUUUCAGCCAGCGCUCGCACCUUGUCCAGCACCGUCGCACCCACACCGGGGAGAAGCCCUACAAAUGUGCUGAGUGUGGGACCUGCUUCAGUGACAACUCUACCCUCAUCCGUCACCGUCGCACCCACACUGGGGAGAAACCUUUCAAGUGUUCCCAGUGUGGGAAGAGCUUCAGCCGCAACUCCUAUUUAGUCUCACACCAGCGAGUGCAUGUGUGGUAGGCAGCGUCACUAGGCGUGGGCUGUGGAUCUUCUAGGAUGCAGCUCCUGAUCCAGGCCCCUUUUAAAAUGUGCCUAAAGGAGGAGGAGUGUAGAUGAGGGUAUGUCUACACCAAGGGUAUGAGGCUCAGGGCCCCUGGGUUGUUGUAGGCAACCAGCCAGAACAAUACCUUUGGCCUGUGUUGCCACUUUCAGCCACUUCCUUCUCCCAAUGCCCCUCAGGCACAGGCAGAAGAUGGGCAGUAGUUCUGGAUCCCAAGGUCCUGCCAUCCUUUUUCCCAAGUACUGGGCCUGGAUUCCAUCUGCCACACGACCAACGUGCAGGCAUUUCCCUCCACCUUCCCAUGACAGGUGCCUGGAGAAAAUGUGCAAUAUGAUGAGAAGCUGCUUGCAUGUGCCAUUCUGUGAACAAACAUCAAAUGUCAGGCAAGAUGCCUGUGUCUUGGUCAUGUAAUGUAUGCACGUGUUGCCAUGUCAAGGGAAAUAGGAUGGGAAAUGAGGUCCUUGAAUGUCUCCUUAAGGAGCACACCUAGCUGAAAUGUUGUGGCCUGUACAAUAUUGUGUAGGUUUAUGGAAGCUCACCAUGCCCAUGUUGUGAUCCAGCUAUGGUGGUCAGGAUGGCCAAAGCUAGAUAAGCCCUAAGGAGAGGCUGGAGACUGCAUCAGGCACACGCAGUGUGCAUGGCCAACGUGGAGCACAGGCAAAGGUCACUUGAGCCUGCUUGCAAAAGUAAAGUGUAGACAUACCCUGAACUAGAGAAGGAAGGAAUGCAUUCAAAAGGUUGCAGCAAAUGCUGCUGGGAUGGUAGGAAUGGUAUGGGGGAGCUGUGUGAUAGGGACAAGGCUUAUUCUGGAAAUCUUGGAACUGGUGGGUAACUGAUACAGCAAACUGUCUAACCUGGAGGUUAAAAAAAAAAAAAUCACAGUUGCCGCUGCUAAGGCUGUGGUAUGCAACUUGACAGGUGUGCAGAGUUUCCCGUAAGUUUGUGCUGGUGUGGCCUCCUGGUUCUGCAGAAUUCAGAUUCACACAUAUGGCCCAAGUGGGCUGGUAUAAGCUGUGUUGUAAAAUGGGCCAGAACAACAGCAUCCUGAGACUGACUUGAUUCCAUACCAGUAUUUCCUGAGUCCCAUUUUGACCAGUGUAUGUGUGUGUGUAAAUAACAUCUAUAUGUUUGUAUUCACGUAUGUAUGAAUUUGCUUUUAUAGAAGUGUAUCUUCACACUCAAGUGUGAGCAUUCACACACACACCCUGGCAGUGGUCAAAAGGGCCAAAUGUAUGACACUAUACCAUAUCAGUACUUCUGAAAACAUUAAACAUACUGUAUAUAGUAGCACUUCUCAAUAAGAAGCUGCAAGAUAUAUGUUUGUAUCAAAACGUUUAAAAUUUCAUAUCAGGACAUUCAGUUUUACUCCGACUACUUUGUGUGUGUAUAGGAUCUGGAAUUGUUCUUAUAAACGUGUGCACACACACAAAAGCAAAAUUGUGGCACCUAUGGUUGUAAAGAAUGACUUCUAAAUGGCACUCAGCUUAGCACUCUCCACCUCAUUUUACAUAUGUGCAUAUCAACUGCAGUUGAAGGAUGUACCCCACUCAUUAGGGUUUUAAUGACAAGGAAUUGCAAUGCAACACUUUAAAUUGUUUAUAUUUUUGACUGUUUUACUGCUGAUUAUUUUAGUGAUGAUACCUGACUGGUGUGCUUGUCCAACAUUGCUGGAGCUUAGAAAAGAUAUCUAGUUUUGUGAUGUACUUUACUAAUGCUGCAGCUGGCUCCAUGGCUUCAGUAUGUCUUUGGAACAGAACAAUACAUAAUGAAGCCAGCAGAAGGACAGGGGCUAGGGUGGGGAAGAGACUAAGGAAACAAAGAGGCAAAGUAGAUCCAGGGAUCUGAGCAGCUGCUGGCCAGGGGUGCUUGUGAAUGGCUUGUUCUGCAGCUAGUUCUGCAGAACUCACUACUCUCCAAGGGACUGGCUUCCUUUCUGCAAGCCGCUCCUUGACGCUCAACUGCUGAUAAAAAUGUUAUUUUCAUAUUUAAAAAAAAAAAAACUUUAGGGGGAGCGUGUUUGCAGCUCCUAAAGGAACAAGGCACCUUUGUGUGCAGCUGCUUAGGGAAGUAGAAGGAGCUUUCUGAAAUGAGGUGGGCUUUGUUUGCACCGGAACCAAAGCUUCAUUUGGAAAUGCACAUUUUUAUUUUUAGAUUUCUUUUUGUUCCUCUCCUGCUGGUGGAUGGCCUCAAACCAGUCUCUUCUUGGUUUCUAACUUUCUUCUGGAAAGUGUUUUGGAAAUGUGACCAAUGGUCAUCUAGUUGGUUCCAGAAGCUUCAAGAUUUUUAUUUACAAGCAGACUUUCAAAAGGGAUACUACAGUUUUCAGCUGGUAGACUCAUUUUUAACUCAAUUCAGAGGUCCAACAACUGUCCCAUUCCAGUUUGUUUUCUAAAGGAAAUCUAUAGCACUACAAAUGUGUGGCUGGCUGAGAAGGCCUGCUGACCUGGGAAAGUCAUCUUGUGAAUGCAUCUUUUUUGGGGGGAGUCUGUAGCAGAUAAAGGAAAUCACAUCUGAGUCUGCACAUGAGCAUAAGUGCAAAAGGGAAAUCCUCACAUCAAGAUUCCGGUUUGAGAAGCCAGCUGCCCUUAAAUACUCCUUCACAACAGUCUUCAGAGCAUCUCUUUUCCUUCUAUGUGCUUUGUGAAGUGCUGUGUACACUGAACAGUGCUCUAUAAAUUAAAACUACUGACGUGCAUUUAUUUCUAAGAUCUUUAUGAACAUAUUUAAAACUGUAUGUCAAAUCAAGGUGGCCUUAGGGUUCACAGCACAUUGCCAGUGCAGUAGUCUUAGCUGCUAGGAUUGGAUUGCUCGCCAGCGUAAGCACCAUCUCUGGAUUUCCUUUCCACAGCCAGUGUUAGUUUUCCCUGUUCAGUGUCACUUGGCUGAAAUCAUUCAGUUUCCCCAGACAGUCCCUUUCCUGUUUGUGACCAUCUAGCUUGAGGAUCUGGGUACCAUUCUUUCUUUGCUAUUGCAGAAGUUAUAGGGUAUGUUCCUCUUCUUCCAGGAGUUUAAUCACUUUGUGGGCAGCACAAAGUCAUAAGCCAAAUUCAGAAGAUGGAGAUAUGGGCAUAUACAAAAGGUCAAGAACUGGAAGGUUUUACUUCCACAGCAGCUAGCUUACUGGCUUCUCUACUAGCUGUCUCCUCCUUCAGGAUUGUAGAGGGAGACUACUGGGGAAAAAACAAAAGGUAGUAAGUUACUGUCAUUUCAGCAGAGUAUCCCUAGCUCACUCCAUCCUAGGCCCUUGGUCCCCAGCUGGUGCCCAGAUCCUCCUGCCAGUUGAGGGAGUUCUGCAAUUUCCUGUUGUGCUAUUGGUGCUUAGAUACUACAGUGAUGCUGUGGCACUUUAGAAAUACCUAAGAUAGAUGGGCAAAUGGAUAAAUGAUGUCUCUGAAAUAAAUUUUUUCAUCCCAGUG